AUGACACUCCACCAACGAUUCCGUCUCGGCGACAUUGUCGAAUGCCUCGCUGUCUGUCAGGACAAGGGCGGUCUGCUCUACAGUCGACUCGAUGAUGUCCAAGAGACUUUCCCCGGAGCUAUCCGAUUUAAGUUAGGCACAGUCACCAUCAACUUUCUCACCGACGACAAUUGCGACAAGUACGAACCCAAAAGGAUUGCCUACCAACCGGGCCUCAUAAUAGACGUCGUCUGCGCUGCUCCUGUGUCUGCUGACUCUGCUCACUCUGUCGAUGCCUCCCUCAGCACUGUUGUUGGUUCCUCUGCAGGGGUCGUGUACAACAAACGGCAUGAAACCAUGCACACCACUACGCCUCACACUUGCCCCACACCCGUGGCAUCGCCCAGGGGCAACCUUUUCGAAUGUUCCUCCUCGAAGGGUCAAUUGCUCUCAACCGACCACACAGUGUCGAAUCUUUCGUUACGCCCUCUCACACCCGCCCGCCAAAACGCCUCCAUCCACCUUCCUUCGUCCGGAUAUCUUCCACGGCACAAUGUAUCCUUGGCCCGCCCUAUAGCCGCACUUUCAUCCAUCGAUUCAAGUAUCGCCAACCUCCAGCUCCAGCUCGAACGAUCAACCAACCGGCAGUCAAUCCAUCAUCGACAGCUCCUGGAGCAACUCAUCCAAAUGGUUGCACACCAGAAUAAGUUGGUCGCUCAGCAGAACGAAAUGCUUCGAGAACAGGCAGCGUCAAAAGAGAGAGAGGAGAAGAUGUUGGCGGAUCUCGAGGCGGCCAAGGAGCGGGACCAGGAACUACACAGGAUGCAACAACAAACCAUCGACCGGCUCGUUAUCGCCCAGCAACGUGUUGAUGCUAUCCUGGUCCAGAAUUAUGAGCUGCAUGAAUACCCGAUCCCGCGGCUGUUUGUCAUCUUGCCGGACUCGUACGAGAAUUGGGAUCCGCGCAACUUCUUGAAUGAGAGGUUUCGGCUGUUCUUCCUUUGUGAAUGCGGCGAGGAUUGUGGAUCGGAGAUAAGCCAUGGGGUCACCUCAAGUCAGCUCGCCAUCAUCGCCCCCGAUACCCCAGUUUCUCCCAUCCGCGUCAGGAACCGCAUCCAUCUGGCCAGGCACGAGGGAUAUGAACUCUCGCGGCCUACCGAGUUCUUUGACCGCUACGGCCCGUACGUGCUUGGGACGCUCAAGAUCCUGAAACAUUGCCUCGCGGUGGCGACCGUGGUGGCUCCAGUAGUGACCCUGGUGGACGGUGGCGUGAAGGAUGUCAUGGGUGGGAUCAAGUCGAUCUCCGUGAACACAAUGAAGGCGGUAGACAUGUCGAUCAACUUUCUGGAGAAGCAGCUGGAUGAUGGUGGUGCAUCAGAUGGUUUCUCGGGAACAGGAUCUGAUAGACAGAAUACCGACGACAUGUUUGAGAGCCUUGCUGCACUUGAGGGAGCAGAUCUUCGACGCCUGGACACGUUAUUGCGGAACAACGACCAAGACAAGAUUCUCGGCAACCUGUACAGGAUCACGACUGACCAGGGACAUGUCAAGUGGGUCUGCUUCCACCAUUAUAAGGAGACCUACCGCGACACUGCCCUGGCGUCGUUCGCCCAGUCUGUCGAAGUCGCUGGCGGAACUUAUGACCCCCAUUUCAGCAGGGUCACCAUCAGCCUGACCUCCAGUACCGUCGCUAAGGACUUUUUCAAGCGACUCGCCAGACAGGCUCCCGAAGUCGACAACUUGGACGUAACCCUCGCAUGGGACUUUGGCUCUGCAGACUUGGUCAAUCUUGUCAACAUGGUGGCCAAGUCGAACGUCAGGUCCAUCACACUCGAUCUUCAGGACGACCCAACCUCAAAGUCGGCUCUUGCCUCAUUCCGACCUGGCAAGGGGCGAUACCAUUCACUUCUCAGCCUCUUCUCCAAUAAGAACAUUCGCCGACUGCAGCUGUCCAACCUUCACCAGCUCGGAACCCGGACCUCGAACCUUCCCUCCAGCCUCGUCGCCCCAUGGAUGCAGAGCUUCCACUUUCACGGACAAGUCAAUGACGAGGGUAGGGAUCGCUUGACGAACAUCUUGUCGCGCUGUCCCAGUCUUGUCGAUCUCCGUCUCACUGGAUCUCUAUCCGAAGGGAAUAUAAUGGACCCGAGUUUGCAUCUUCAGAUCUUUGGUUUGAAGAAGCUGCAACGACUGCAUGUCACGGGCUGGUAUCGAAACUGGCCAGAGACACCUGAGGCAAAUAUCUGGAAGGACGGGAUGUCAUUUCAGGAACUUGUCUGUACCAUGGGAGCUCUGGAUCAUAGCUUUGUGGAGGAGUCCAUCCGGCGGUCGCACGAGAUCCUGGAAGUCCUUGUUCUUUUUGACUUUUAUUUCGACUACACUCCGAUCGAUUUGACACCAAAGACGAAUGGUAAAUCUUCUGACAGGUGCUAUUUUCCAAGACUGACCCAUCUGGAUCUUCAAGCUGGUUUGACGUGCGGCUCACGGGAGUUCUUGUUGACAGCCUUGCCCCGACUGAACCUCGUUUACUUUGGAUGCAGAGCCGAUGCGGGAUCGCUUCUCCGUCACAUCAAUCUUGCAUCGUUGAAAUCACUCUCUGUCGAUGAAAUGCUUUCUAAUAAUUUCAGGCUACUUAAGGAAGCGAUACGGGGACUGGGAGGGGAGUGUCAGAUCGAAUCCCUGAAUGUCGACGGCAUCGACUACUUUUACGAAGACCUCUCCGAUAUCCUCAAGAUGCUCCGGCUGAAGCGGCUCUUCCUGAGCAGAGCAUCCGCGAGCGCCAUGGUCUACUUAUUCCGGCGUAUCAACCUGCCCAGCCUGCAGACAAUAUCUCUCUAUGGGUCAGAGUACUUGCCAGAGGCGGAAUACGCCCUUGCUCAAAGGAGAAAGGAAGAGUCUGUUGACGCCUGGGCUUGGAGGGGGUACGUGCCUGGAGGUGGCAGGGGUGCCGUUGCGGAUAGAGCAUUGUCCCCACCUCUACUUGAUUGUCGGGUCCAGAACGUUGGGGGCGAAUGGAAACAUCAUUUUCAGUUCUUGCAGCCCAUUCUUCCGAAAUAUUCAUAUUGA